AUGCCCCUGUUGGUGGCCAUGACACUCCCAAUGGUGGCCAUGAUAGCGUUGGUGGCCAUGACACCCCCAAGAGCAGCCACGCUGCUUCCAAUGGGCGCUACAACGUCUCCCCCAACAGCGACCGUGCCACCUUCUUCCCCCACCAUUAGAGGCCACAAUGCCCCUGUUGGUGGCCAUGACACUCCCAAUGGUGUCCAUGAUAGCUUUGGUGGCCAUGACACCCCCAAGAGCAGCCAUGCUGCUUCCAGAUGGGCGCUACAAUGUCCAACCCCAACAGCGACCGUGUCGCCUUCUUCCCUUCCAGGUGCCACCGCCUCCGCGGAGGACUUUGUGCAAGUCCGAAAGGAGCUGUUGGCCUACCUGGAGGAGGUGGCCUGGACCCCGUACCGAGCGUCCCCGGAGUUCAGCCGCUUCGUGCAGUUCAAGUGGCUGGAGAAGCAACCGGUGGGCGCCGACGCCUUCGCCGAAUUCCGGGUGUUGGGCAAAGGCGGCUUCGGCGAGGUCUGCGCCUGCCAGCGCCGCGCCACCGGCAAGAUGUACGCCAACAAACGCCUCAACAAGAAGCGCCUCAAGAAGCGCCAGGGCUACGAGGCGGCGCUGGUGGAGAAGCGGAUCCUGGCGCGGGUGCACAGUCGCUUCAUCGUCUCGCUGGCCUGCGCCUUCCAGACCAAGACCGACCUCUGCCUCGUCAUGACCAUCAUGAACGGCGGCGACCUGCGGUACCACAUCUACAACGUGGACGAGGAGAACCCCGGGUUCCUCGAGCCGCGGGCCGGGUUCCUGGGAGUGUUGCUGGUGAUACUGGUGCAGGCAGGGCACGAUGGGUUCCUGAGGGGUUCCUGGAGGGUUCCUCGGGGUGUUACUGGUGGUUUCUGGUGGUACUGGUGGUUCAUGGCGCCGGAGCUGCUGCGGAAUGAGGAGUACGAUUGGGCCGUCGACUACUUCACGCUGGGGGUGACCCUCUAUGAGAUGCUGGAGGCCAAAGGACCCUUCCGCAGCCGGGGCGAGCAGGUGCCCAGGAACACCAGUAACUCCCAGUAA